AUGACCUCUCACUGUUGCAUGAUCUUGGCUUUUUUCAUUGCUAUUUCAUUCUCAAGCAUGGACAUUGGCAUAGAAGCACGCCAUCUCCUGCAGACAACUCCAUCUGGGUCUAGUUUGCCAAAACCAACAUUGCCACCUUUGCCUCCAAUGCCAACAUUGCCUCAGGGAAAUCUUCCUCCUUUGCCUACUAUGCCCUCUCUUCCAACCAUCCCCACCAUUCCAAAUGUCCCUAAGGUCACUCUGCCACCGUUCCCUGCCACUUCACUGCCAAACUUUCCCUCAAUCCCCACCAUUCCCACCAUCCCUUUCUUCUCUCCACCACCUUCAACCACCAGCCCCUGAAGCUCCUCGAUCUGCUUGAGUUGGAUAAGCACUAAUCUCUAUUCUGGAGUUGCAUUCUGGCUUCCUGUGAUUAGCUGCUUUUUGUGAUGUUUAAGGGAUAUAGAUCAUGUUACUUACAUGUUGUUUAUUUAUUUAU